AAUCCGCCGCAUCGACUUUAAAAGUGCGUGCAAUUGCGACUUUCAGAUAAAUCUCCGACUGGGUCUUACGACUCGCCGACGGUUGUCUAUUAAAAUUUUAUAGCUCCGCAGUUGGUGGCACAAAGCACUUGACUCAUGCAUCCACUUCCGUUUCUGACCGGACGCCGGGGAAGGGGCUGGGAAAUCGGAUUCGGGUUUGUUGUGACAACAGUUCGUAGGCAAAGACAACAAGGCGAUCUGCGGGUGUCAUAACCACUCAUACCCGAGGUCCAGAUGUUGCGCACAAUUAUCAUAUCAGCAGCACAUCAUUUGCGACUAAGUGAAAAAGCAGAUUGGCCUGGCACACUCUGCGCCUUGUUUAAAAAGCGGCUCCGCCGAAUCCGAGAUUUCAGUAAUAGUUUAGACCUAGAAGCAAAGAGAACCGCAAUGAAGAACUCCCACGCGAACGUCGACUACGAGUCCUAUUGCUACGAGGAUAUAACGAAAUCGUGGCUCAACCAAACGGAGGGAUAUACGGACUGCAGCUAUGUAUAUGACCACAGUGCGGCUUCAGCAUACGCGGAUUACAAUAAACUAGAAACUAAUUGGUGCAACGAAGCGAACGAUCAAUGGUUACAAAAUGAUGCAGCUGCUGGUCAAGAACUUCGAAGCCAAAGGCCUAAACUCCGGGCAAUCAGCUCGAAUCGCAAAGAACGCACAGCGUUUUCAAAAACGCAGCUCAAGCAGCUGGAAGCGGAGUUCUGCUAUUCCAAUUAUCUGACUCGCUUGCGUCGCUACGAGAUCGCAGUCGCGCUGGAGCUGACCGAACGCCAGGUGAAGGUGUGGUUCCAGAACCGACGCAUGAAGUGCAAGCGCAUCAAACUGGAGGAACAGCAAGGCAGCGCGGCCAAAACGCCAUUUUAGUUUGUACAAGGACAUAUUUU